GAGAAUCUCAACCCUUGAUCAUUUGAGGCGUAGCUAUAAGUUCAGCCACCCUCUAGCCUAGCUAUCUAUUUUCAAUUCAUUAAUUUCUCAUUUCCUUUUAAAUACUAAAUUUUUUGCAUCACACUCUCUCACAAUCCUUGGCAUGUGCCUUGCAGCUUCUCAAAGUUUCAGAAAUAAUCCCCAAAGAGGCAGCCAAACCCUUAGUGUUGGAUACUUUUAUAGUGUUGCGUAAUCGUUUCUGCGAGUCAGAAACCACUUCAAGAUCCCAAUAGAGCUACACAGAUAUCCUCUCUUUCUCUUUAAUUCUUUGUUUGUAAGGAAAUCCCACAAAAAAACCUAAUCUUUUUAUCAUGGAUAUCAACCCUUCUAAGUUCACAAACCACACUUCAGACCUUGAAAUGUCCAUGGAAAACCAAAUCUUCCAUGACCAAAUUCCUUUCAACUCAUAUUGUCCUGCAGGUUACUCUCUCCAAACACACCAAACACCUUCUUCUUCUUCUACUACUCCCAUCCCCAUCUCAACCUUUCUUGUUGACCACAUAGGCAUAGGAAACGAUCACAUGGAGGAAGUGGAAGAGCCAGAAGAAGAGCUAGGAGCCAUGAAAGAAAUGAUGUACAAAAUCGCAGCUAUGCAGCCUGUAGAUAUAGAUCCAGCAACAAUUCGCAAGCCCAAAAGACGAAACGUAAGGAUAAGUGAUGACCCCCAGAGCGUAGCAGCACGUCAUAGGAGAGAAAGAAUAAGCGAAAAGAUGAGAAUUUUGCAAAGACUUGUUCCUGGAGGAACAAAAAUGGACACUGCCUCCAUGCUAGAUGAAGCUAUUCUUUAUGUCAAGUUCUUGAAAAGACAGAUUCGCUUACUCCAAUCUAAUCAAAACCCACCAUGCAUUGGAGGCUGGAAACCUCUUGUUUCCACCACAUCGUCCACCCUUGAGUCUCCGGCACCAGCAGGCCCUGGAAACGCUUUUCUCAGUAAUGGUGGUGACCCUGCAGCUAUGUGCUUCAAUCAUGAGGUAAUAAGUGAUUAGAGGGUAAUUAUUAAGUGUUAAUUAUUGUUGAAAUUGUGUAAAUGAUUUAAGAAGGUGUCAUGUGUGAGAAAAAGUUGUUAGGAUA